UCCUGUUCAUAUGGCAAAACUUGACCAGUUGGCCAAACCCGUUUUGAUACGACAUCAUGGGUCAUUUCGAACUGCUCCGUAAAACUAAAACCAGUGCGCCGAUGGUCGGACGUUACCGCCGUAAAAAACGAGAUGGAACAAAUAAGUAUAUUUCCAUACAGCGCGGAGGAAAGAGAAAUAGUGCUAAAAGAAUUUGGUUUUACUGAAACCGGUAUAAAAGAAGAUGUCGCAGGAAUUAUGGACUGGUUUCAGAAGCAACCGCAUCUGGUUGAAGCAGGAAUAGAUUCUGAAGUUAUAGUCAAGAUGCUUAUAAUGGCUAAAGGAUCUCGAGAGAAAGUCAAAAGUAAAAUAGAUAAGUUUUACAAAUACAGAGGAAUGUCUCCGGAUCUGAUUCAUAGCAGAAUAGAACUGUUGAAUGGAAAUCAAGAUUUGUUUACCUUUUAUCGUCAAGCCAUAUCAACAAAAUUAUACGAAGGAAUGAGAAUUACCACAUUAAAGUUCGUUGAUCCUAAUCCAAGCUCCUUCAAAAUUGAGGAGAUCUUCAGAAAUUCUUACAUGGUUGGCGACUUAAGAGUAAAAUACGAUUACAUGCUCGGUGAAAUAUGGCUUCUGGACCUCAAGAAUAUUUCUCUGGGCCAUUUCUUGAGAAUCAACCCCAUGGUGGUGCAGAGGGCUUCGCAAAUGUUUCAAGAUGGAUCUGGCUUCAGAGUAUUUAGCGUCCACGUACUAAAUGUGCCUUCAAUCGGACUACAGCUAUAUAAUUUCUUCAAGCAAUUUAUCAAACCAAAGUUACUGGAAAGACUCAUGGUACAUGAAACUUUAGAGGAACUCCACAAAGUUUUGCCAAAGAUUUAUUUACCCAAGGACUAUGGGGGUGAAGAUUACAGUAUGGAUGAAUUCAAAGACCUGUAUCAAAAGGAGUUCCGAAGCGGUAAAACGUUGCAAUACUUGUUGGAUGGUUGUAAAAUGGUAUCCGACGAGAAGAAGAGACCUGGUGUUUAUAGGAAUGAGGAUAGGAAUGAGGAUUUGGCGGGAACCUUCAAAAAUUUAAAUCUAGAUUAAUGGCGAAUUUAUACUUUCAUUAUUUUUAAUUUAUUCGGAUACUUGGAAAUCAUUUGAAUUUAAUGGCACAAGAAAAAGUGAACAAUAUACGGAAGCUAAUUUAAUGGAUUGUGUUUUGUUUUACUAAAAAGAAACAUAUUUCCAUACCAACACCAGAAAUGUACAGUAAAUAAAUAAAUUAAUACUCCACUCCAGUAUUCGGCAACAUUUAUGUUCUGCUACCAAUUUGAUUUCUUAACUAUUCAUCAUCCUAAACAACAUAAUGAAUUAAUUAUCGUAACAACAAUGAACGAACCCUGUACCCCGCAAUGGCAAUACAUAAUCCUAAAAAGCUUGAGUCCAUGUGCUUGUUGUGCUCAAAAUGCGUGGCGUGCGGUACUCGUAUCAAAAUAAGCAGAGGGCCUACCGCGAACCACGUUCGACGUGUUGUCUCCCUGUCACACUUACAUCCGAAUUUACAAGUGCGAGAGAGAGGCAACACGUCGAACUAUGUUUGCGGUACCAAAGAACCGCCCUGGUACCUGCCCUCUAGUACCAAAGAACCGCAUCUGUGUGCGGACUGCACAGGAGGAAAAUAAGGUUAUUAAAAUCUUUAUCAUACGUCGUGGAAAAAAGUGUUGCGCUCAUUGAAGUAAAUUUAAACUCAAAAUAUAUUUAAUUCCACGAAAGUAUACUCUGGCAAGCCAGCUUUGUCAGUAGAAAAACGCGGCAAAUUAAAAAAAAAUUGGUGCGAAUGAUCUCCCGUACAAAUUUUGAAUUGCCAGAAUAUAUUGAUACCUUUCCCUUACUGACAAAGUUGGUUUGCCAGAUUAUACUGAUAAAAAUAACAAAAGUACGUUACAUUAUAUGAAUAAGGUAGUUAAUCUAUAUUUAGCUUUAUAAAAGUGCCGUCGAGACCAAAGUCGUCCUGG